GGUAAUUGCACGACAAAACCGAAAGUUACCUGCUCCUAUUGGACAUUUUUGAUACUAAUGUCGAAUUAAAUUAAGAAGAAUCUAUUGUGAUGCAAAGGUAUUCAUAUCAUCUUUUCAAAUUAUUUUAUGCAAAACUUUUGAGAUAUAUGCCACGAAAUAGCCGUAUUUGUCCAAAAAAUGUUUUCAUUUUGCGCCACUUCUGUCAUUUGUGCGCCAAAGGUGACCUUCCGUCAAAUAACGGAGCUCUCGUUCGCGUCAUUCGCGUUGUGUUUGUGGGUGUAGGAGGUUGUCUGGUUGUGCGCGGGUAUUCACGGUGGUAUUUUUAUCAAAAGAAAUAAUUAAUAUUGCUGCUAGAAAAUAUAAACGAAAUUAUUCAGAUUAUUCUUACCUGUGGCAUCGUGCGUAGGCAGAGUGGACUUGAACUGUUCGUUGUUCUCUGAACGUGAACCCGUCGUGAUGGUUUGAGCGGAUUCAAGAAGUUGGAGCAUCUAGCUGCGUCGUCAUACUGUAGCAGCAAUGGACUCUGGCCAUCUCUCUGCCAACCUUCUGAAAUGGUUGGCCACAUUUCAAGCUGGGGCCAAUGCCACUCAGCCUGAAGACAUCAGCGAUGGGGUUAUUAUAGCAACUGUUCUCCAUGAAAUAGAGCCACUGUGGUUCGACGAUGCCUGGCUGGCCAAGAUCAAGACGGAUGCCGGCGACAACUGGCGACUCAAGGUCAGCAAUCUGAAGAAGGUGACCCAGGGGAUCAACGACUAUCUGUCGGACAGUCUGGAGCUGAACAUCUCCCAUCUGACGCAGCCCGAUGUCAACAAACUCGGCGAGACGGCCAGUGUGGAGGAGGCCGGCCGACUGCUGCAGCUAGUGCUCGGCGUGGCCGUCAACUGCUCCCGCAAGCAAGAGUACAUCGAGUCGAUCCAGGAGCUGGAGCCGACGGUGCAGGCGGCUCUGAUGGCCGCCAUUCAGGAGCUGAUGGCCCGCGGAGGACCCGGCGGCGGACCCCUGUCCAGCAGCGCCGGCUCGCUGCUCGACGUCGACCCUCUGCCGGCGCUGGCCUCCGAGCUGGAGAUGGUCAAAGACGAGCGGCACCAGAUCCAGCAGAGGUGCUACGAGCUCGAUAACCAGAUCGCGCUGCUGCAGGAUGAGAAGUCGGUGCUGCAGGAGGAGAACCAGAAGCUGCAGAAGCGCCUGCAGCUGCAGCAGGAGCUGCCGGACGCCGAGGGGGAGGGCGAGAGUCCCGAGCAGCGACAGCGCUACAAGCAGAUCAUCCAGAAACUGGCCGCCAACAAUGAGGAGAUCUAUAAGCUGGAGGCGACCCGCGAGGAGCUGCGCGUCCGCUGUGAGAUGAUGGAGAAGGACCUCCGUGAGACGCAGGCCAAGAACGAGGAGCUGCAGCGACUCGCCGACGAGACGCGACGGCUCCGGGAUGAGCUGGAGAUCCUGCGCGACCUCACGGCCAAGGUACCGCAGUACGAGGCCAAGCUGGACACCUACCAGAAGCGACUACUGGAGAUGGGUGACCUGCGACGCCAGAUCAAGCUGCUGGAGGACAAAAACACCGACUACAUGCAGCAGAACAUGGAGCUCGAGGAGGAGCUGAAGCGAUCGGGCAGCUACCGUCCGCAGCUGGACCUGUACAAGAAACAAGUGAGCGAGCUGCACGAACAGCUCUCUGAGGAGACCAAGAAGCGUGACAAGGCCGACUUCGAGCUGCGGAAGCUCGGCGAGAAGAUGGCCGCGCUGCAGAGUGAGAAGGAGCGUUUGACUGAGGAGCGCGACAAGCUGCGUGAGGCCAACGACGAGCUGAAGCUGGCGCAGCUGCAGACGGGCGUGGUGGGCUCGCCGCUCGGCAGUCGGCCCGUGGACGGCGCCGGAGGCACCUCCGAGCCGCAGCUCGACCCCACGCCCACAGACGUCAAAGAGAAGCUGCUGCGGCUGCAGCACGAGAACCGGCAGCUGCGCUCGCAGGUGGCCGGCGGCGACCAGGAGGGCGCCUACCGCGCCAUGCUGGACGACCUGCGCGGCCGAGAGACGGCGCUCCAGGCUGAGAACAGGAGUUUGAACCAGCGGAUCCUGGAGCUGCAGUCGCAGCUGGAGGAGCGGACGCCCGAGCAGACGGCGGCACCGGCCUCCGGCAGCCGACUCUACUCGCUGGAACAGGAGCUGCAGAACAAGACCAUGCAGAUCGGCGAGAUGGAGAUACGGCUGGCCGAGCAAGCGAACCGCACUCAGGAGCUCCAGGAGCAGCUCUCCAGACGAGACGGAGAAAUGGCCGACAUGGAGGAGCGGUACAAAAAGUACCUGGAGAAGGCCAAGGCGGUCAUCCGCUCCCUGGACACCAAGGCGGGGUCGCCCGACGUAUCCGUCCUCAAACACCAGCUCGCGGAGAAAGAGAGGCAGCUCGAGGUGAUGGAAAAGGAGAAUGAAAAGACCAAGUCCAUUCGAGAGGCCGAGGAGCGCCUCAUAGCCACUGCCUUUUACAAUUACGGCUCUCAGAUGCACCGCCAGGCCGUGGAACAGCGGCUCUCCAACAUCAGCGGCGGCCAGUCGUCAUUUCUGGCCCGGCAGAGGCAGGCCAACACGCGCCGUCUCCAUGGCAACAGAACGCUUUUCCGUAUAGAGGACGACGCUCUGUAGCGAUACGGCUGUGCACGUAUCGCCGCUCCUGCCCUCAACUGCUGCAUGCUUAACUUCAGACAUUCGGCCAAUGAACAGACCGCCUUGCAGCGCUCCCAGACAACACGAGUCGCGCCAGCAUGACGCAUGCGCACUGAAGAUGAUGGCAUGCAACGGACUCUGAUCGAGAAAUGCGGCGUGGUAUGCCAGUGUUUGAAGCGAAACGUAUUGUAGUUUGAAAUGCUCGCUAAUUGUCCAAUGCUAGAUCAAAUGUCCAGCCCAAUCUUCAUCUAUCGUUUGCAUCGUGACCAGCCUUUAAUGCCUAUCGCUAGUCAAUGCGCUCGUCGAGCUACGAGGCUAGCUGUUUGGCUCUUUAAUUUGUCGAGUGGCUGGCUGACAAGCGAGCUAGUGAGGCUAUACGACAUGGGGGGGGGCUAGCCUCAGCCGCCCAACAAGGCUAGCCGCGGCUCUCCAACAGGGCUAGCCGCCACCGCGCCGCGCGGCGGCCCGUCGCCUGCCUGGCUCACCGUUCGCAUGUUGCCGUUUGCAGCGAAUUUUACGACUACUAGCGGGCAGCGCCGGCGGCGUCGGCGCCUGCCCGCCCUGCCGUCCGACCGACCGACGGACGUCGCUCGUCCCCCGGCCGCCGACUUUGGGCUGACCUUGAGAUGACCUAGGGAUGACCUGGCGCGUGACCCGCCGCCACCAGAGCGGGUGCCAGCCCUUCUAGUUAUUUUAUCUACCCUGCUUUACUGGGUUUUUAGUGAUCGGGCGAAUGGUUGAUGCCGUGUCUAUUAAAUAUGAUGGCGGGUCGCGGGAUACACUGGGGCCAAUACGCACGACCUGUGGAGCCGCUCUAACAUAUCGGCCGCGCGCUGGCCGAGCCUGGCUGAGCUAACCGCCGCCUGUGGCUAGCGCCGGUGGGAUGCAGGACUAGUCCGCGCCUGGCAUAAUACAGGGACUGAUCACCCGAGAGGAGGACUGUGGUGCUUCUCAACUGACCGGCGCUGUAACUCACUCGAUAGGCGACUCUUGUAAGGGAGAUGGCUCCCCGAGAGAGCCAGCCGAGAGCCGGUGUUCCUGGGCCUUGUCUACCAGAUGUGCGGUGUUUUAACAUUUUAUGCAGGUUUGCGAUGAGUCGCAUUGUGCAGCUUUACCGGAGAGAAUUGAGAGAGAUUGAGAGCGAUGAUUGUCGCCGAGCUAACUGUAAUGGGUGAUUGAUAAUAUAUUUUUGGAUUGCUGAGGUUGAAAAUCAUUCCGUGGACGCUGGUGAGAAUAUGACGUGUAUUGUCAAUAAAUGCUUUCGAUGAGG